UGAGAGUGGUGGACGAUGUCCAACGUCGCGGUCCUGGCGCUGGCGAGGACCACUAAUUUAUCGCCGUUGUUUUUCAUUUCCUCGUUUCUUCUGUACUUCCAAAAUCGCCGAUCCAUUUCCUUUCCAGAUUCCGACCAAUCUCCGACCUUUUCUCUCGCUUUUCUUCACCUCCCUAGCAAGCUACUACUGCUUCAGGUCGUUUUCUCCGUUACAGGGAUUAUGGUACGCGGAAGAGAUGCUUGCUGGGAACACUGUGUUCUUGUCGAUGCAACAAGGCAAAAGGUUAGAUGUAAUUAUUGUCAUCGGGAAUUCAGUGGAGGUGUUUACCGGAUGAAGUUCCAUUUGGCCCAAAUAAAGAACAAAGACAUAGUUCCCUGUGUAGAAGUCCCGGAUAACGUGCGAGAUCACAUUCAAAGUAUACUAAACACUCCUAAGAAACAGAAAACUCCCAGAAAACCAAAGGUGGAUAGAGUGGUUAAUGAUCAACAAAAUAGCUCUUCUGCUAGUGGUGGCUUACAUCCAAACCAUGGAUCCAGUGGCCAACGUGGUAGCACCUGCCCAUCUUUGUUAUUUCCACACCCCUCACCUAGUGGACAGCCAGAAGUAGAUGAUGCUCAGAAGCGAAAACAGGAUAUUGCUGAUAAAAAAAUUGCUGUGUUUUUCUUCCAUAAUUCUAUUGCGUUUAGUGCUGCUAAAUCUAUAUAUUAUCAGGAUAUGUUUGAUGCUGUGGCUGAGUGUGGGGUGGGAUACAAAGCUCCAAGUUAUGACAAGCUGAGAUCCACACUGUUGGAAAAAGUAAAAGGUGAUGUACAUGAUUGUUACAGGAAAUAUAGAGAGGAAUGGAAAGAAACAGGCUGUACAAUUUUGUGUGACAGCUGGUCUGAUGGAAGAACCAAAUCAAUUCUUGUAUUUUCGGUUACGUGUCCUAAAGGAACGUUAUUUUUGAAAUCAGUUGAUACAUCGGGUCAUGAAGAUGAUGCUAAUUACUUGUUUGAGUUGCUUGAGUCAAUUGUCUUGGAGGUUGGCUUGGAAAAUGUGAUACAAGUAAUCACAGAUAAUGCUGCCAGUUAUGUUUAUGCAGGGAGGCUUCUCAUGGCCAAGUACACCUCAUUGUUUUGGUCGCCUUGUGCUUCUUAUUGUAUUGAUAAGAUGCUGGAGGAUAUAAGUAAACAAGAGUGGGUUGGUACAGUUUUGGAGGAGGCAAACACCAUAACCAGGUACAUAUAUAGUAAUGCAUGGACUUUGAAUAUGAUGAGAAAGUUUAUGGGUGGAAGGGAAUUGGUCAGACAUAGAAUCACAAGAUUUGUGAGUAAUUAUCUCUCCUUGAGGGCUAUUGUUAUCCAGGAGGACAAUCUAAAGCAUAUGUUCUCCCAUUCAGAGUGGAUAUCAUCUGUGCAUAGUAGACGCCCCGAUGCUCAAGUCAUCAAAUCUUUGUUGUAUCAAGAUCGUUUUUGGAAGUUUGCGCGUGAAGCUGUUAGUGUUUCUGAACCCCUUGUUAAAAUUCUAAGGAUUGUUGAUGGGGACAUGCCAGCUAUGGGGUAUAUAUAUGAAGGAAUUGAGAGGGCAAAGGCUGCGAUCAAGACAUAUUAUAAAGGUAUUGAAGAAAAAUAUAUUCCAAUUUGGGAUAUAAUCGAUCGCAGAUGGAACAUACAGCUCCACUCACCAUUACAUGCUGCAGCGGCAUUUCUUAACCCCUCAAUUUUCUACAACCCGAAUUUUAAAAUUGAUUUAAGGAUGAGGAAUGGGUUUCAAGAUACUAUGAUCAAGAUGGCUACCUCAGAUAAAGAUAAAAUAGAAAUCACCAAAGAACAUCCAAUGUACAUAAAUGCUCAAGGGGCACUGGGUACUGAUUUUGCAAUCAUGGGAAGGACACUGAAUUCUCCAGGUGAUUGGUGGGCUGGAUACGGCUACGAGAUUCCAACUCUGCAGAGAGUUGCUAUAAGAAUACUUAGCCAACCAUGUAGUUCCCAUUGGUGCAAAUGGAACUGGAAAACCUUUGAGAGUAUACAUAACAAAAAACGCAACAAAACUGAGCUGGAAAAGUUGAAUGAUUUGGUUUUUGUUCAUUGCAAUCUUUGGUUACAAGCAAUUUGCCAAAGUAGAGAUUGGAAGUGUAAACCUAUUAUCUAUGAUGAAGUAGAUGUUAGUUCUCAGUGGCCUACUGAAUUGGAACCUUCAACGCCUCUCUUGGAUGAUUCCUGGCUUGACAAUUUGCCCCUUGAAUGUAGAGGUAGUCCUUGAUGUUGUACAUAAAAAUUUAACACAUAUACUGUCAACGAUUGUGUUAUAUGUUGUAUCUAGAUGACCAUACAAUAUGGUGAAUGGCAAAUUGGACACGUAUAUGCAAUAUCUCUCCACAUAUA